CGAUUCGAGAUGGAGGAAGAUGCAAGCGGAGGCCGGCAAUCGCUGGGAAGGGAGGAGAGAGUGGGGCCUGCGGCCUAGAGGCCUGGGCUUGGAGUUCGCCUCAGACGCGGUGGAACUGCCGGAGUCUGAGAAGGUCUUCAGUCACAAUGGAGGACAAACGCAACAUCCAGAUCAUAGAGUGGGAACACCUGGACAAGAAGAAGUUCUACGUGUUUGGCGUGGCAAUGACAAUGAUGAUCCGUGUCAGCGUCUACCCGUUCACUCUCAUCCGCACCCGGCUGCAGGUUCAGAAGGGCAAGAGCCUCUACCAUGGGACCUUUGAUGCCUUCAUCAAAAUCCUGCGAGCAGAUGGUGUGACUGGCCUCUACCGGGGGUUCCUAGUCAACACCUUCACCCUCAUCUCUGGCCAGUGCUACGUCACCACUUAUGAACUCACCCGGAAGUUUGUAGCUGACUACAGCCAGAGCAACACAGUCAAAUCCCUGGUGGCUGGUGGCUCGGCUUCCCUAGUAGCCCAGAGCAUCACGGUGCCCAUUGAUGUAGUCUCUCAGCACCUGAUGAUGCAGCGCAAAGGUGAAAAAAUGGGCCGCUUCCAGGUGCGGGGGAACCCAGAGGGACAAGGGGUUGUUGCCUUUGGCCAAACCAAGGACAUCAUCAGGCAGAUCCUGCGGGCCGAUGGGCUUCGCGGCUUCUACCGAGGCUACGUGGCUUCACUGCUUACCUAUAUCCCAAACAGUGCUGUCUGGUGGCCCUUCUAUCACUUCUACGCAGAGCAGCUCUCCUACCUGUCUCCUAAGGAGUGCCCUCACAUUGUCUUUCAAGCCAUCUCAGGGCCUUUGGCUGCAGCCACUGCCUCCAUCCUCACCAAUCCCAUGGAUGUCAUCCGAACCCGUGUGCAGGUUGAGGGCAAGAACUCCAUCAUCCUGACCUUCAGACAGCUGAUGGCAGAAGAAGGGCCUUGGGGCCUCAUGAAGGGCCUCUCGGCCAGAAUCAUCUCAGCCACACCUUCCACCAUUGUCAUCGUGGUGGGCUAUGAGAGCCUCAAGAAACUCAGCCUCCGACCUGAGCUGGUGGACUCAAGACACUGGUAACCAGUGGUGGGGAGAGAAGCCUGCUCUUUUCCACACUACUCUGGGUUGGAGGCAGAGUGGGGAGGACAGUACCCUCUCCAAGUGCCCCCACUGCAUACUGAGCCCUGCUCUCGGUCAGGUGGCCUAUCUGGGACAGGGACAGAGACUUUGAACUGCUCUUGCUGAAGAGGAUCCAUGCCUGGAUUCCUUGCCCCCACUAUUUUUAAUUCUCUUGCUGAGCUGGGCUCCCUCACUCAGUCCCUGUUCUCAAUCCUGCCUUAAGGACCCCAUCCUGCUAACCCUUCCUUUGGCUCACCCCCUCCAUCUGUGUCCCUGAGACCCUGAGAAGAGCUGUACAUAGAGCUUGCUUCCUACCACUGGUUCUUCCUCUUGGGCUUUGCACCCAGGCUCCAAGCAGCUGCCAUGAGCCCUCUCCCUCUUCGUAUCUUAGGCUUAUUUUUAUUUUGGGACUGAGCUGCCCACCAGACUACUCUGCUUUUCCCUGCCACUUGGGGCUAAGGUGCCAGGCACUUUUGCACAGGGAGCAGGAGCAGCAAAAACCUCUGGUUCUCCAGAGCAUUUGUCUUCUCUUUAGAGGAGUUAAUAGACUGGGGAGAAAUGUGGGUGCUUUAUUUUGUGUGUGUAUUUUUUUUAAACAUCUGUGAACCAAGCUAGUGUCUUAGUCCUGCUAAAGCACCAAUCCUACUGUCAGAGCCCACCCCUUCCUCAGACAGGUGGAAAAAUGUAACGUAGCUUUUUCCUCAACCCCAGUUCCCUCUCCCUUCAGUCCCAGUAGCCCUAAGACAAUAUAAGCUGUGGGCUUCCCCUGGCCCAGAUAACUACAGUGGUGGGCACAGUUCUACGCGGAUCAGGCUGUCUGGGGUGCACUGGACUUGAAGCACUACCCUGAAAAGUCAGGCUAAGAAAGGACUUGAUCUGAAAGGCAAUAGGAGGAUAUGUGUUCCCUGGCACAUCUCCCCAAGCCAGCUGAGCCAAGACAAGGAGAGGGAAGUGGAGGUUCUCAGCCCCAGAUGGCCAUGACAUACAAGUCUAUACCCCAGUCACUCAGACUCAUGGCAACAGGUGUUGUCUCACAAUGGGAAUCUCUAAGAUGUGGAACUGUGUUUUUCUUCUCUCUGGAUGUGAAAUCGUCCCAGUCAUGUGUACCCUGUGGCGGGAUACUAGAAAGAGAAUAAAAAGUAGUUCAGGAAGUCACUCAAUACUAGGACCACUGCAUUUACCAGCCUGAUACUGCCAAGAUUAUCUGCUAAAGCUCUCCUCAGGAGCUAGGAGAUGAGCACUCCUUCCCUGCCUCAUCCUUCCUACCCUGCCCCACCCCCAAGCCUGUGUUGCAGGCAGAGAGGUGCAGCAAAUUGAAAGAGAAGAAGACAUGCCAAACCCUGCAUUUCCUCCUGAGACAUUUGGCCUGGAAGAUCCUCCCUUCUUAUUGGUCCCAUACCCUGGGAAAGGCCAUGGUGCCAAUUUGAAAGGUGCUAGCUACCUGAAGCCUUGAUAUUUCUUAUGGCUGCUGCACAUUCUUCCAACCUGGCCAGAACAGAUUCUGAAAACCCUACUUCUCUACCUUCACCACCACCACUACUCAUCUUGGUCUCUAUCUUUGAGGAUUUCCCCCUUUCACUUAUCUUAAUGUUUAUUUUUAUUUGUCCCUCCCUUUGUCAAGUGAGACCUCCAAUUUCUAUCCACAAAUGGUCAUAUCCAAAGGGUUGGGCCCACAGAUCAUCUGAAUCCUCCUGCCCCUUACUCACCUCUUUACCCUAAGAACCACCAAUAUAAUGGAAGCACCAGGCCCUUCCUCUCUUUCAUCCUAGUGAGAACUUUGGAGGUUGGUGUUCUCAGUUCCACACCUUCCUUUCCCUAGAGACUUGUCUUCAAUCCUUCCCCACCAUGGCAAAGUGGGUAAGGUAUCAGGGACAGGAGGUAGUGUCUUGCCUCUCAUGUCUGUGUGUUUCUCCCUCCAAGACCCCUUCGGUUUUAUUAUCUUAUACAGUAUUUCACAGCCUUUCACCUGUUUCUGUUUCUCUCUCAUACAUACACAGUUUUAUUUAUUUUAUUUUAUUUUGACCCCUCAGAACAGAGUGGACACACACAGUUUUAAAUUAUGAUGUGUGUAUAGUUGAAGACUCUUGGCUCCUACUUUCUCAUCUAAUAGUUUAGGGAUUGGGAUUGGGUUUGAUUAAAACAUGUCUUGGUGUGGAUGGGACAGUGGACUUCUGUUCUCCCCAAACUGGAGGCCAAAGCAGCCAGAAUGUUUGAUGUAUUGGUCGGUAACCAAAACCACAAGAAACUCCUGAACACUGGGUGAGACAGGAAACCUGAUUCGAGUAUUAAGGGACAGGGGAAUGAAAAUGCACACUCUCUUCACAUUCGAUAAAAUGGACUCUUGUGAAUAUAACAGUGAAUGUUCACUGUUACACUGUACGAAGUCUGUGAAGUGUAAUUAAAAGUUUUUAUUGA